CUUGCAGUGCAGAGCUGGAGACAGCCCCGAGCCUGAAUCGCAGCUCUGCAAAGCCGGUCUCUCCUCGUCUAGCACUACGUAGUGCGGGGCGGCGGCGGCGGCGCAGUCCUUGUUGCGUGCUGACCCUCUGCACACCACGGAACCUUUCUUUUACUCUUGCCAACCAGGUUGCUCGAAAUGUUUCCGGCGCUCCCUUAGCGAAGCUGUGACCUCUUUCCCUCCCUCCCUCCUUAAAAAUUUAUCUGACAUUUCUCCUGGAGGAACCUGCUGACACCUUUCCUUUCUCCCAAACCUCUCCUGAACUUCCCUGAGGAUAAAAUCGGCUCCAGCUCUAUGCAGUCUAUUCCACACUCCGAUGAAGCAGACGUGGCUGGGAUGACCCACGCCUCAGAAGGCCACCAUGGCCUGGGGACCAGCAUGCUUGUCCCAAAGAACCCACAAGGGGAAGAAGACAGCAAGCUAGGAAGAAACUGCAGUGGAUUUGAAGAUGCACAGGACCCACAGACUGCUGUGCCCUCCUCACCUUUACUUUCCAUGGCUUCUUGCAGUUCUCAGAGUCCUCAGAAGAGACAACUGGCUUGAACUCAGCCCCUUCCUUCUGUGAUGACUUCUUGUCUCAUUCAAGAACCUUCCUGGGCAGUCAGCUCAGAAGCAGGCACAUAGCAGCUGGAGAGCCGCCACGAUGCUUCAGAGGCAGAUGCCUGCUUGGGUUUCCCACUCCCUGUCAGACCCAUGCCAAGCAGAAGAUGGCAUGGCCUCCGGUGCCUUGAAGGAGGGGUCAUCUCCAUGCCAUCUGUUGACAGUGAGGAUCAUUGGCAUGAAAAACGUCCGGCAGGCUGAUAUACUGAGUCAGACAGACUGCUUUGUGACCCUCUGGCUGCCUACUGCCUCUCAGAAGAAGCUGAAGACCAGAACCAUCUCCAACUGCCUACACCCAGAGUGGGACGAAAGCUUCACCUUUCAGAUCCAGACUCAAGUAAAGAAUGUGCUAGAGCUGAGCGUCUGUGACGAAGACACCCUGACACAAAAUGACCAUCUCUUGACAGUCCUCUAUGACCUCUCUAAGCUUUGCCUCCGGAAUAAAACCCAUGUGAAGUUCCCACUCAACCCAGAGGGCAUGGAAGAACUGGAGGUGGAGUUCCUACUCGAAGAGAAUUUCUCCUCAUCAGAGACCCUCAUCACCAACGGCGUGCUGGUGUCUCGCCAAGUCUCUUGCCUGGAGGUUCAUGCAGAAUCCAGGAGGCCGAGGAAGAGGAAGAAAAACAAAGACCUUCUGGUGAUGGUGACAGACUCCUUCGAGAACACCCAGCGUGUCCCGCCUUGCCAGGAGCCCUGCUACCCCAAUUCUGCCUGCUUCCACUACCCCAAGUACUCCCAGCCACAGCUUUACGCAGAGGCGCCUAAGAGCCACUGUAACUUUAGGCUUUGCUGCUGCGGAACACACAGGAAUGACCCUGUCUGCCAGCCCCUCAAUUGCCUUUCUGAUGGCCAGGUGACAACCCUGCCUGUGGGAGAGAACUAUGAGCUACACAUGAAGUCCUCACCCUGCUCUGACACACUGGAUGUGCGGCUUGGAUUCAGCCUGUGCCAGGAAGAGGUGGAGUUUGUGCAGAAGCGGAAGAUGGUGGUGGCCAAGACACUAAGUCAGAUGCUGCAGCUGGAGGAAGGCCUGCAUGAGGAUGAGGUACCGAUAAUAGCCAUCAUGGCCACAGGAGGUGGCACAAGGUCUAUGGUCUCCUUGUAUGGCCACCUGCUGGGGUUGCAGAAGCUGAACUUUCUGGACGCUUCUACUUACAUCACCGGCUUGUCAGGUGCAACCUGGACUAUGGCUACCUUGUACAGUGAUCCUGAGUGGUCCUCCAAAAACCUGGAGACUGUUGUCUUUGAGGCCCGGAGACAUGUUGUCAAAGACAAGAUGCCUGCCCUGUUCCCAGAUCAGCUCUACAAAUGGCGAGAGGACCUCCAAAAGCAUAGCCAGGAGGGCUAUAAGACCACGUUUACAGACUUUUGGGGCAAGCUGAUCGAGUACAGUCUGGGAGAUAAAAAAAACGAAUGCAAGCUGUCAGAUCAGCGAGCUGCUCUGUGCAGGGGACAGAACCCUCUGCCCAUCUACCUCACCAUCAAUGUCAAGGAUGAUGUAAGCAACCAGGAUUUCAGAGAAUGGUUCGAGUUCUCCCCCUACGAGGUGGGCAUGCAGAAGUACGGAGCCUUCAUCCCCAGCGAGUUAUUUGGCUCCGAGUUCUUCAUGGGGCGGCUGAUGAAGAGGAUUCCUGAGCCGGAGAUGUGCUACAUGCUAGGGUUGUGGAGUAGCAUCUUUUCCCUGAACCUGCUUGAUGCCUGGAAUUUGUCUCACACCUCAGAGGAGUUUUUCUAUAGGUGGACAAGGGAGAGACUGCAUGACAUCGAAGAUGAUCCCAUCCUGCCUGAAAUCCCUAGGUGUGACGAUAACCCCCUAGAGACCACAGUAGUGAUCCCAACGACAUGGCUGUCCAACACCUUCCGAGAAAUCCUCACACGCAGGCCCUUCGUGUCUGAGUUCCACAACUUCCUGUACGGGAUGCAGCUGCAUACUGACUACUUACAGAACAGGCAGUUCUCUAUGUGGAAAGACACAGUACUGGACACCUUCCCAAACCAGCUGACACAGUUUGCAAAACACCUGAACCUGCUGGACACUGCGUUCUUUGUCAACUCCAGCUACGCACCCCUCCUUAGGCCAGAGAGAAAAGUCGACCUUAUCAUCCACCUCAAUUACUGCGCAGGAUCCCAGACAAAGCCCCUGAAACAAACCUGUGAGUACUGUACCGAGCAGAAGAUCCCCUUCCCCAGCUUCUCCAUCCUGGAAGAUGACAACAGUCUCAAGGAGUGCUACGUGAUGGAGAAUCCCCAGGAGCCCGACGCCCCCAUCGUGGCUUACUUCCCACUCAUCAGUGACACCUUCCAGAAGUACAAGGCUCCAGGUGUAGAGCGAAGUCCUGACGAGCUGGAACUGGGCCAGCUGAACAUCUAUGGACCAAAGUCUCCCUAUGCCACCAAGGAGCUGACGUACACAGAGGCCGCCUUCGACAAGCUGGUGAAGCUCUCAGAAUAUAAUAUCCUCAAUAACAGAGAUAAGCUCAUUCAGGCCUUGAGACUAGCAAUGGAGAAGAAACGCAUGAGGAGCCAGUGUCCCUCCUAGGCCUGGGGGAGUCCUAUCUAUCUCGUGUCUGCUUCUAUUGUCAGAAGCAUCGCCCCCAAAGCAGACCUCACACACAGCUGUCCCUGAUCUCUGGCUAGGGUCGCAACACCUUGGCCUGGGCUUUCUAGUAAAAUGUUACAAAUGAACAAAGGUGAGAGAGAAAAGAAGAGUCUAUUGGGUUUUAUACCCCUGGGGCUUCUCUCCACUUUCUGGCAAGGAAGGUACCAGGGUCACAGACUCCCACACAGUCUCAAGUAUAGAAUGUGAAUAUGUGGGCACAGAGAGUGGCUAGUUCCCAAGAGCCCUCACCCUUCGAGCUGGAGGCAAAAGUUCCCUAAGCAUCCCCUCCCCUCCUUUUCCUCCUUCCAUGGCCAGUCUAGAGAAAUGUCCAGGAAGACCAAGAACAGCAGAAGCUCACAGAGUGAGGAUCCAGGGAAGCCUUGGCAGGCUGUGGGCAAGCGGCACCGGGUGCAUGACGCUAUCUGGCGCCAGUAACGUCCUCUGGCAUCUCUCUGGCUUGCAGAUGGGGUUAUUUAUUUAUAAGUAUGAUUCUUCUUAUUUAUCACAGAAACACUAUGGCCGAUUUAUCUACGUUCUUAUACAGUGACUCAGAGAAUAAGGUUAGGAAAGAUGACCUCAGAAUGGUGAGUUAGGACUCUGACAAAGACCUCAGCUUUGGAGGAGAAUCUCUGGGGAAGCCCUGGACACCCGGACACCCAGCCUCCUGGCUUCACUAAAAGAUAGAAGGGGGUCCCUGCAGUGAGCAGGUAAAAGCCAAAGGGCAGCUAGGUAUGUGGCCUUUGGGGAGCCCAACGUGCCUGGAGGACAAGGGCCUCUUUCUGAGCCACAUGAUCCCUCCACAGUCCUGGUUGUUGAGAGAUUAAUGACACCCAACGGUGUUGUUUAUAUGUUUCAAAUGGACUCCUGGUUCCAUCAUUGCUAUUUAAAGUGGAUUCGAUUGGGCCUGGCUAUAAGCCCAGACCCAGCCACACCUACAGGAACCCAUACUGUGAAGAGACACCAGUGCCUCUGCUCCAGCCUUACCUGUCAGUGAGGGGGGUUGACUCCUGUGUGGGUACCAUUGGGGAAGGAUGGAUUUAUCACACUCUCCUACCAGCCUGGGGAGCAUGAGUCCAUAGACUCUGCUGAGCCACUGAUAAGCUGGGCUUCUGAGCCUGGAAAACUGGUCCCUACCCAAGUGUUGCUGAUGUGAGUUGGAUGUUCAUCACCUCCUCUAGCCCUCCACUGGAGUAGCUGGCUGGCAUUGCUUUUGCUUCCCCCAUGUAGAGAACAGGCUCUGAAUUGUCAAAGAGAGCCAAGAUAGAACCUUGUAUUUUGCAAGGUUUGACUCACCAUAGCAUAUAAAGUUUAUAAGAGCACUGUACCAUUUGAACACAGAAUAAAGUGGUUAUGAAGGUGAA